GUGCAGCGACAGCGUUCCGGCUGAGGCUCGGCGGGAGAGUGGAGGGCGGCGGCGGCUGUGGCGAUGGGGGCGGUGGGCCUAGGGUUGGUGGACUGUCACUGCCACCUCUCGGCCCCGGACUUUGACAGCGAUCUGGAUGAUGUGUUGGAGAAAGCCAAGAAGGCCAAUGUCAUGGCUCUUGUGGUGGUUGCUGAACAUUCAGGAGAAUUUGAAAAGAUUAUGCAGCUUUCAGAAAGGUAUAAGGGGUUUGUCCUGCCGUGCUUGGGUGUUCACCCUGUUCAAGGAGUUUCACCAGGAGAUCAAAGAAGUGUCACAUUAAAGGAUUUGGAUGUAGCUUUGCCCAUUAUGGAGAAUUAUAAAGAUCAGUUGUUGGCAAUUGGAGAGGUGGGACUAGAUUUCUCCCCCAGAUUUGCUGGCACUGAUGAGCAGAAAGAAGAGCAACGACAAGUCCUAAUCCGACAGGUCCAGUUAGCCAAAAGAUUAAAUUUGCCUUUAAAUGUUCACUCACGCUCUGCUGGAAGACCCACCAUCAGCCUCUUGAAUGAGCAAGGUGCUGACAAAGUGCUCCUGCAUGCAUUUGAUGGCCGGCCAUCUGUAGCGAUGGAAGGAGUAAGAGCUGGGUACUUCUUCUCAAUUCCUCCUUCUAUCAUAAGAAGUGGACAGAAACAGAAACUUGUGAAACAGUUGCCUUUAACUUCAAUUUGCUUAGAAACAGAUUCACCUGCACUAGGACCAGAAAAACAGGUACGAAAUGAACCCCAAAACAUUUCCAUUUCAGCAGAAUAUAUUGCCCAGGUGAAGGGGAUCUCAGUAGAAGAAGUUAUAGAAGUGACAACACAGAAUUCAUUGAGGCUGUUUCCUAAGCUUCAGCAUCUGCUCCAGAAGUAGCUUCAAAACCAAAUGACAUAGGGGACAGCAUUUGAGAGAAAGAAAUGUUCUGAGUAGGAGUCUGAACUGAAGUGUGAGGCCAUUAUAUAAGGAUAUAGAAGAUUAUGAUUUUAGAGAAAUAUUUCUCCUAAAACCGGGCUUGGGUCCUGAAACCCUGGAUUCUGAUUCUACCUUGUGCUUCUUUAUAAUGAAUGGAGUCCUAGCAAGAGAUUGGGAAACACCACUGCUUCUUACCUUACACCAUUAAGUAGAACCCACCAUAUGACCUGAAACCAUUUCUUCUGGCAAGGGAGGCUCCCCCAGGUAAGACAUGAGCAGUAUUGGGACAGCUAACGUUUGAUCCUUCCCCACCACAGGAUUUAUCUAGUGGAAGGAGAUCAUCUUGUUUCUUACACUGUCAGAGAUCUCUUUUCUGGGUUUGUAAAAUUGAAUUGUUAGUACUUUGAAUUACUUCUUUUUAAGAGAAAAAUGUAUAGGUUUUUAUAUUGAUCAUAGAUUUUGACUUAUGAGGCCAGUGGUUUGUGCUAUCACCAUUAAGUGCCAAGCCCCAAAGUUUAGGUAAUAAACCGAGUUUAAGUUCCAGUCUGAAUAUUGUCACGUUUAAAAUGUACAUAGCUUUAUUAAAAUGUAUCUGACUAUUUUUGCAUACAGUGAUAUUUUAUAUUUUUAAGUUUUGAAAAUCUUGGCUGCAAAGAGUUCUGUGGAUGGAUGGUGGGUACAGUAGCACGAUAAUGUGAAUGUAUGUAAUGCCACUAACCUACACACCUGGUCGUUAUUAAAGUGGUAUUUUAUGUUAUGUCUCUUUUACCCCAAUUUUUAAAAAUCUCAUAUGUAGUUUACUAAACGUUGUGACCCAUACCAAAGCCUGCAUAUUUAAUUUUACUAAAUUAUACAAGCAGCAAAUACUGGGAAAAGUGCCUAUCAUAGAAAAAAAUGAAUUUCCUAAAAAGCUAAGUGAUUUUACAUAAUCUUUAGUAUUUUGAAAUUAAUUUAUUUAUAGAGGAAUCAAAACUAGUUCUAGGGCAGACUGUCCAAACCAAACUAGAUUAGCUAAGAAACCGAAGAGGGUACUUCAUGAGGCACUUGACCACCCAUCAGCAUCAUGAGAGAUGACAUUCCUACAUGUAGUGGGAGAUUCUAUUAAAAUCAGACUUCUGGCUCUCUUUCAACUCUAUUUCUUCCGCCUGUUUCCUACCCUUUCUGCCCACACUCCCUUUGUCAAACUCUCACCUUUAAAUCCUUUCAGAUCCAACUUAAAUGACUUCCCCUGGCUCCAUCACUCCAGCCACAUACAAUCCCUGCCCUCUGAAUUGUGUAGCUUUCUUCAUUUACUCAUCAAUUUAUUCGUUUCAUUUAUCACACAAACAGUUGUGGAGCCCCUCCAAUAGGUUUCCCACUAAUCUAGGUCCAUAGGCUACAGAGAGGAAUAAGACAUGGUCCUUGCCUUCAGUUCAAAAUGUAAUAAAGUGGACAAAUAAUUUCAAAACAAUGUGAGAAGUACUAUAAUAAAGGAGGAAUGAGGUUCUACAAAACCAGUCAGAUGACAUUUAACACACAUUCCUUUUUACUAGGGUUACCUUGUAUAUGUUUUUGUCUUUAGAAAUUACAGACCAUUUGAGAACAAACCAAUUUUAUUUUCUUUUUGCAUCUUCUCUGUGGUCUGAAACAAGGUUUGCAAUAUCAUAUGCUCUUACAUAUCUUUUAAAAUAAGCGAAUGGAGGUAGUAAGUCCAACUGACUGCAGCUGACAAGUUAGAUAUGUUCUCUUUCAAUCUGCUCUUUGAAAUGGAGAUUUAAUACUCUGUACCUUUUAACUGGUUCGGCUUUUGUUUUGUUUUGUUUUGUUUUGAGGUGCAUAUUUUUCAUCUCCAGCCUAUGAAUGUAUUAAAUGUUAUUCAAAGAUUUCCUAAUGUUAAACAUUCUGAAAAAUAGGAAUAAACUCUCAUGGUCCAGAAAA